AUGGCCCAGCCACCGCCUGACGUCAGGGAGGACGACUGUCUCCGGGAGUACCGCCACCUCUUCUGUCCGGACUUGCUUCGGGACAAGGUAGCCUUCAUCACAGGCGGUGGCUCUGGAAUCGGGUUCCGGAUUGCUGAGAUUUUCAUGCGGCACGGCUGCCACACAGUCAUUGCCAGCAGAAGUCUUCCCAGAGUGUCGAUGGCUGCCAGAAAGCUGGCUGCUGCCACUGGCCAGAAGUGCCUCCCUUUAUCUCUGGACGUCCGAGCUCCCCUGGCCAUCAUGGCAGCCGUGGAGCAGGCUCUGAAGGAGUUCAGGAAGAUUGACAUUCUCAUUAACUGUGCAGCCGGGAACUUCCUAUGCCCUGCCAGUGCCUUGUCCCCCAACGCCUUCAAGACCGUGAUGGACAUCGACACCUUGGGCACCUUCAACGUGUCUCGCGUACUCUACGAGAAGUUCUUCCAUGACCAUGGAGGGGUGAUCGUGAACAUCACUGCAACCCUGGGUACGCGCGGGCAGGUGCUCCAAGUGCAUGCAGGCUCUGCCAAGGCAGCCGUGGAUGCGAUGACACGGCACCUGGCUGUGGAGUGGGGCCCCCAGAACAUCCGCGUCAACAGCCUUGCCCCCGGCCCCAUCAGCGGCACAGAGGGCUUCCGGCGUCUGGGUGGCCCACAGGCCAGCAUGAGGGCAAAGGUCCUGGCAAGCCCCCUGCAGAGGCUGGGGAACAAGACGGAGAUCGCCCACAGCGCCCUCUUCCUGGCCAGCCCUUUGGCAUCCUAUGUGACGGGGGCCCUGCUGGUGGUUGACGGUGGGGCCUGGCUGACAUUCCCUAACGACAUCCAGUCGCUGGCAGACUUCUCAUCCUUCUCUGCUAAGCUCUAG